AUGAAUGUCUAGACAAGCAAAUCAAAAUAUACAGACUUUUCGGUCCCUUUGCUUUCUGAUGAAUAUUAAUUUACAAUGGCUUAUUCGCAUUUUUAGAGUCAUAAGCAUAACGAAAGAGCCGUUUAUGAAAUAUUUUAUAGAGUUAAUCCUUUUGAAGGAGAAUAUUCUAUUUUCGCUGGUGUAGAAGAAGUACUUUCAUUUAUAAAAUAUUUCAAAAUAACAGAAGAAGAUAUAAAAUAUUUACGAAAAAUACUUCCUAAAGAUGCUAAAGAAGAGUUUUUCGAAUGGUUAAGAACAUUAGAUUGUUAAAGCAUAAAGCUUUAUACUUUUUUUGAAGGAAGUAUUGUUUUUCCAAAAGAGCCUCUUAUAUAAGUUGAAGGACCCUUAAGUCUUCUUUUAAUUCUUGAAACUCCAUUAAUAACAUUAACAAGUUUUCCAACUUUAGUUGCUACAAAUGCUUCGAGAUACAGAAGAGCAGCUGGUGAAUUGACUCUUUUAGAAUUUGGGCUUAGAAGAGCUUAAAGCCCUGGAGCUGCAUUAGCAGCUUCUAGGUAUUUAAUUUUUUAUUUAUAAAUUUUAAAAAAUUUUAGAUAUGCUUAUAUUGGUGGAUUUGAUUAAACAAGUAAUUUAUUAGCAGCAAGUAAAUAUGACAUUCCUGUAUCUUCAACAAUGUCUCAUGCAUUCGUAACUUCAUAUACAUUUUUAGAUGAAAUUGAAGAAUUUUAUAUAAAUGAAAUCCCAAUAAAAUAAAGAUCUUUGUAUUAUAGAGAACAAUUAGGAUUUGAUAAAACAAGUGAUUCAGAGCUUGCAUCAUUCCUUUCUUAUGCUAAAAGUUUUCCUAAUCAAUUCAUUUGUCUAGUUGAUAGUUUUGAUAGUCUUAAAUCUGGAGUUCCUAAUUUUAUUAUAGUUUCAAUGGCUUUGACAGAUGCUAAAAAAUAGCCUGUUGGAAUUAGAUUAGAUUCUGGAGAUUUAAUUUAUUUAUCAGUAAAAACACGAUAAUUAAUUGAUAAAGCUGCAUCUAAAAUGAAUAAAGAUCUUUCUCAAAUUAAAAUUAUGGCUUCAGAAGGAAUUGAUGAAUAAAAAAUAAGAGAAUUUAAUAAUAAAGUUCAUGCAAUAAAUAUUUUUGCUGUAGGAACAGAUAUUGUUACUUGCAAACAUUAACCUCAUAUGGGUAUAGUUUACAAACUAGUAGAAAUAAAUGGCUAACCUAAACUUAAAUUUUCUGAAGAAGCAAUAAAGAGUACUCUUCCUGGUUUAAAGUCAGUUUAUAGAAUAUGGGUAAAUUCUUAGGAUGGACCAGUUGCAGAUGUUAUUGCUUUACCGGAUGAAGAAAUAAUUGGAUAAAAUAGAAUAAAAGUAGUUUCUCUUGUUAAAACUGCUGAAAGAUAUACUAUAUUACCAAAAAAAAUUGAAAGACUUUUACAUUUAGUAUGGGAUUAAGGAGAAAUCGUUAGAUAAUUCUAUGACAUUAAAGAAAUUGUUGCUACGGAAAAAUAUUGGGCUUAUUUCUAAAAUAGUGCAGAAAAUGCGCUUAUACCCAAAAUUAUUGCUUGA